AUGAAGGAGUGUGUGAAUUAUGUUGCAGUUCCAUUUGUGGCUCCAGUCGUGGAUACACAUUCUGUUACCACUAAUGCCACAACCAUCACAAUUACUGGUAGUGUUCCCAGUGGCUCAGUGGUGACCGGCUUUGUGGUGGAGUGGCAGAGAGACACCUCGAUAGGCUGUUCUGAUGUGAAUAGGAGUAGCAUUGCUCAGGAUGGUGAUUUUGCUGAAUUCAAGAUAACUGGACUAGAGGAGGGCAACAGAUACAACAUCACUGUGAAAGCCUCUAAUGAAGCUGGCAUUGGUCCAGCCAGUAAUGUUCUAAGUGCAAUGACUGAUGAGACAGAGCCAUCUGCUUCUCCGGACUCUGUCUCUAGUGCAUCACUCAGUGCCACUGCUAUCAGUGUUCAGUGGGGAGAGGUGGCUUGUAUCCACCGCAAUGGGGAGAUCAUUGGCUACGUAGCACGUGUAUUAAGGACAGAAGAGGAGGUUGAAACAGUGAUCGUCGCACAGAGUGAAAGAGAAGUUGCUGUCACUGGGCUGUUUCCAUCAACUGAGUAUGCAGUUCAAGUUGCAGCCGUAAAUGCUGCCGGUAUUGGACCAUUCAAUACUACUAUUCCCAUCAUCACUACUGAUAUACUCACGUUGUCACUGGAAUCUAGUACCACUACAUCUUUGACUAUAUCGUGGAUGGUGGAUGAUGAUUGGACUGCCACAGGCUACAACAUAUCCUAUUCCAAUACAGACACUGUUUGUUUCACUGACUCAAACACCAUCUCUGGUCUAAGUGGUGAUGAGACCAUGCGUAUAUAUACAAUGAGCAGUCUACAGGAGGGAACUGCCUACUCCAUAACUGUACUUGCUACCCUCAAUGGCGAACUGCAUGAUUUCCACACAAGAGCCAUAACAAAUUCUACCGGUUAGUCAGUUAGUCAAAUACUCCCCAUUGUAAAUUUGUGCUAUUAUAUUCAACCCUCAAAGUUCCAUCUGCUCCUCCCACUGAUGUGAUUGUAUCAGAGGUGAGUGUGACUAGCAUCACUGUCCAGUGGGGGCCAGUUCAAUGUACUGAUCAGAAUGGAGAGAUAAUAGGCUACUCAGUGAGGUAUUGGGAUAAUGAGAGAGAC